AUGCCGUUACUCCCAUCUUGCAAUGACUCCUGCUUGGUUUCUGUCGAUAUACUCGUACCCGUUACCGUCGUUGCCGCUGUUUCCUCGUUUGAUGGCGCAGAAGUUGUCAAGACCCGGUUUGAGUGCAGACCGCGUAAAAACGCGUCGAGAUACGCUGAGGUGACGAUGCUCGCUAUCAAGCUGGACUCGCAUUCUGACGACAGGCCACUAUCCAAGUACGAGGAUUUUCCGCAAAUCACUGUCUUGAAUAUGGGUCAACAGGAUGGGCGAAGAAAUCCUGCCAAACAGGGAAACCAAGCCUAUACAUAUUAUAAUGGACCAAAGAGUCAACGUGGAUUGGGCGCAUUCCAUCCAUUCGGCAUGCCACACACAAUGCCACAUCCCUCGCUGGCAAUUUUAAUCUUCCGGUAUCCCGAUGAUGUUUUGGGUCAUUCGGCUUUAGUCGGAUUGAAGGACACUGCUGCCACGGAGUAA